AUGGAUCAUUCGAAAGUGCUGAUUUGGAGCAACCGCAAGCUUUUUUCAGAAUCGUCGUACGACCAAUACCCGACGAGUUACGCGGAUUUGAAGGCGCUGCUUGAACGCGAACCGGUGGGGCGGCUCCUGGAGGUGUCCCAAGGUCUGAACGUGGUCGAUUCGGUACUUUAUGGCGGCCAGGCUGGCGACCUGGAUGUGCGUCAAAAACUGCGGGUCGAAUACGCACUUUUCCGGGCUGGUACAGGCCAAAAACAGACACCGUCGGACAUGGCUCACAAGGAUGUCUUGUCGGGGCUUCACAAGUUGUCGGACGGGGCUCUUCUGUCGUUGUCGGGGCUUGCAGCGCUGGACGAGGCUAAAGUAGAUAGUAUUUGGAGUCUCCACCAGGAUAUGCAGACCACAGACGAAGAUUUCGACCAAAGCAUCUCGGGCAGUCGAACAGUACAGCAGUCGCCGCUCGACGAAGUAACGUCGCAUCUGAUGUCCAGCGCGCUACAGCGCGGACUGGAGCUCAAACCCAAGACACAGGCGCCGCUCGACGACGUUGCUUUCUUCAACCAGUGCGUCGACACACUUUUGGAUAUGGUUGGGAGUCCCACGCAUGCGGGGUCCGCAGCUAGGAACCGCGAUUCGAGCGAUGACAGUGUCAACGACACGGCGACUGCAUUGAAGGACCUGCAAUUGGCGCACAGCUUUCUCACAAAGAAAUUCGAGAACGAUCGGAUGGAGUAUUUACACAGCAUCGACAAGUUGACCAAGACCAACAAGGAGCUGUCGCAUGAGGUCCUGGCCUACCACGGCAAGGUCGCAGAUCUCGACCGCAAGUGUCAAGGCUUGACGCAAGAACGCUCAGGUUUGGUGGAACAGAUUGACAAUAUGAUAGCCAUUUCCACGCCGACUACUAUCGUCACAUCGCCGAGCUCAAGCCCAGGGUCGACGGCCUCUAACGGUAAGUCCUACUCCAUAGGGGUGAUGCGAACGGAGUUCAAAAAAGCGCUCACCGAGACCCAAAGCCGGUACGAAAAGGAACUACGGGAAGAGAAAGCUGUGCGCAGACGAGUGGAACAGGAGCUCGAAGCACUGCGAUCCAGAUGA